UCGAUAUUAUGUAAUCAACGAACGCGUCGCUGCGUUAUGUGUGCGCAGCAGCUUCACGCUGCACCAGCCAGGGUUCGGUUUAACAACAAGAAAUAUGGCGGAAACGCAAGAAGCAGUACUUGAAAAGCUCAAAGUUGCUUUAUCACUUGUGGAGACUCUCAAGAAAGAAAAUGAGGCAUAUAAAGACAAUUUUGAACACCUUAAAAACGGCCAUGAGCGCCUUCAAGAGCGAUAUGAGACCCUCAGUCGAGAAUAUGAUCUCUCGGUUAAGGAGAAGACAGCUUUAGAGGCUCAAAUAAGCGAAUCAACAUCACUCUUUAAAUCACAACUUAACGCUAAAUCCCGGGAGCUAGAAGAAUUCCGUUCCAAAGCUCCACAACCAAAAGAUUUGGAAAUCCUCCGCCUUAAAGUUGUACAGGAAAUGGAGGAGCAAAAUGAGAAGCGCUCAAAGGGCUUAAAACAGGAAACAGAGAAGUACCGCUCCAUGUACUAUGCCUUGCGGCGGGAUCAUGAAGUCGCCAAAACUGAUAUCGAACGUGAGCGUGCACAACUAGAGUCCAAGUUAAAAGACAUGGAACAAUCGUAUCAAGACGAGAUGGCGGCGCUUGAAGCUCGUAUGCUGGAACUGCGACAAUGUCUCGAUUCUUCAAUGGACACCAAGCGACUCCGCGAGCUCCAAAGGGAGAACGCUGAACUACAGCUCAAAGUGCAGUCCCUUCUCCCCGAGAAUGAGGAACUGAGAGCAGAGAAAGAGAAACUUCGGGUCGAUUAUGAGCAGCAAGCCCGCAUCCACCAGAGAAAGCUCAUAGACGAGGUUGCACAUUCGAAAACAUUGCAUGCUGAAAAAGAUGCAUUGGCCACACAGAUAGCGUCUAUGGAAAACGAAGCCACGCAAACCCUCCGUACGCUUGAUCAAGUCACAGAGCAGAAUGCUGUUCUCACAAAGGACCUGAAUAAAGUCCGAAGUAAGCUUGAAGAGAAUCUGCAUACUGUCAAGAUUGAAACGAGUGACUUGAAGCUGUCGAUGCUCAAAGAGCGUAAUCAAUUUGAGAACACGAUCAACGAUCUAAAAGAAAAGGUGGUCGAGCUUGAAAGUCACCUCAAAACAGCAAACGAAACUAUACAGUCGCUUCGUGAUCGUGUAUCCAACGGUGAGAAAGACCUUCUUGAGAAAUUGAGGUUGGCGAGGGAGGAGGAAUGGGCAAAGCGGUCACAGCUCGAAUCUCAAAAAUGCGAUCUGGAAAAACAGUUGGCGGAUGUUAAACAAAAAAAUACCGAAGCGGAAGCUUUGAGUGAUUCCGCUGAAAAGGAUCUGCAUCAGGAACUUUCAAACCUCAAGCAAACCAUUCGCACCUUUCAAACCCAAAAUGAUUCAUUGGCACAAGCCCGAAUGGAGAACACAGCCCAGAUUGAGCGUCUGCAAGCUGAAAUCGACCAUUUCAAAAAAGCCAUACAGGAAGCUGAAGCGCAAACAGCUGAACUCAAUAAAGAUGUAGCACUGCGAAGGAAGGGGGAAGAGGUUUUGAGAGAGAAGCUCGCGUCAACAGAAGCGGCACUCCAGUCACUUCAAGGUCAAUUGGCGCAAAUAUCUGAACAGAUGGAGAAGGAGCGCGAGGCCUACUUCCAUAAUGCAGAACGCUAUCGUUCUACUUGGAGCAAAGAAAAAACCAACCUCACCCAGAAGCUUGAGGCGCUUAUCAAGGAAAAGGAGAAAUUAGCGGAUAAGUCAAGAGAGCUGGAGGACUUGCUGGACAAGUCCCAGACCCUCUUCAAGAAUAAAUUACAAGUUUUGAAAACAAGAGUUAAGACAUAUAAGGAAGAAGCUCACAAGCUCCGAAGCUCACUGGAAAGCGAGACACGACGAGCAGACGCAAUGUCACGAGAGAUGCAUCAGAGGCAAGCGGACUUCCUCGGGUUACUACGAACGGAAGGGGUGUUGGAGACACCAGCAUAGACCUCAGAUGGCCCACUGAUUUGGCAAAUCGUCCUGAAAAUAGAGUUGCAGCUGGCACUGCGAGUCUAAGAUGUAAACAUUGGCCACAGGUGCACGCUUCC